GAAGUUAAAGAGGUGAGGAACAAACAACCUGAGUGAAAUGGGAGGAGCAGAAGUUGACUUCCUAAAUAACAGCCAGGUUCCUCCGCGCGCUCAGCUUCCUGGACUUCCUGAAGUCCCAAAGACUCGGAGUGUGCUGAGCUGCUGUCCCCCAGCUCUACACCUCCUGGAUGGAAACGGACCGGCUGCUGAGCCGGCCUGAGGAGGACGGACACACCGGGGACUAUGGCUCCGGGCCCGGAAGGAGCCGCGGAGGUUCGCGGGCCAGCAGGCGGAUGUCCUACUCUGCUGCCGAGGACUGCUGCCGUUUGGACGGAGAUAACAAGGACAUUUACAUCCAGCAAGCUGUUGUCUUCAUAGAAGAUGCCAUCCAUUACCGCUCCAUCAACCACCGGGUGGAUCCUGGCUCACUACGCCUGUACCGAUGGUACUACUCCAAACUAUGCCAGUGGAUCCUGGGGACCAUCAUUGCAGUUGUGUUGUUGCUGGCAUUCAUAGAGCGUCCUUCGUCACUCUCGGUCUCCUCGGAUCCCCACCACCGAUCAGUACCAUAUGAGCCUCCUUGUGGCGCCACAGAGAGCGUGGAGAUGCUCUGCAUCAUCAUCUUCUGCUUCGAUCUGGCAGUCAAAAGCUACCUGAUUGGCUGGGAGGAAUUCAGAAAGAGUAAAUGGCUAAUCAGCUACACUGUGGUUAUUUGUGUGUCCAUCGUUGACUGGGUGCUAUCCAUCAGCAUGCUGUGUGAUGAGAAACUGAGAGUACGACGGCUUGUUCGACCAUUCUUCCUUCUGCAGAACUCCUCUCUGAUGAAAAAGACCCUGAAGUGCAUCAAGAGAACCCUGCCUGAGAUCGCCAGUGUGAUCCUGCUGCUGGCUCUGCACCUUUGUCUCUUCACCAUGAUCGGCAUGCUGCUAUUUGCUAAAAGCGAGGAUCCAAAGAAGAACGGCGAGUGGGAGCUCCACUUCAGAGACAUGAGCACGUCCCUGACCUCCCUGCUGGUUCUGCUCACCACAGCCAACAACCCAGAUGUCAUGAUCCCCGCCUACUCCCUCAACAGAGGCUACGCCAUCUUCUUCAUCACUUUCAGCGUCAUCGGGACCUACUGCCUGAUGAACCUGCUGACUGCCAUCAUCUACAACCAGUUCAGGGGAUAUUUACUGAUGUCCGUUCAGACGUCCAUCAUGAGGAGGCGGCUGGGGAUCCGAGCUGCUUUCCAUGUCCUGAGCAGCCAGAGAGCCCAGGCUGAGGCACAGGAGGUUGUGAGUGUGGAUGCCCUCCUCCAGGUGAUGUCCAGGGUCCACAUGAAGACCUACUAUAAAUCAGCCAUCACUGUGGCGGCGCAGCGGUUUGCAGACCGGGGCUUCAUUGAUCAGCCCCAGUUCAGGACCAUCUUUGACGAGCUCGAUAAAGAUUGCAUCAAGGAGCACCCUCCUCUACCUCAGUACACAUCUGCAACCCUACAGAGAUUUCAGAUGGUCUUCAGCCACUACUACAUCACUGUCCUGGGAAACCUGGUGGCCCUGGCCAAUGUCAUUUGCAUAUGUACUAUCCUGGUGCUGAACUCUGAGAAGACCACGGCAGAAAGGGACAACUACAUCCUAGAGAUUAUCAACCUCUGCUUCAUCCUCUUCUACCUCUUUGAAAUGAGUGUGAAGAUAUUUGCCUUUGGCUGGAGGGGGUACCUGUCCUACAGGAGCAACAUAUUUGAUGGCUUCCUCACCGUUCUCUUACUGAUCCUACAGAUUGCUAUAUUCAUCACCUACAGGCUUCCAUACUCCCAGUGGGAGCCCUCGGCUCAUGCUGGGAUGUCUCUGUGGGAGAUGAUUCGUCUGGUCAACAUGCUAAUCGUCUUCCGCUUCCUGCGCAUCAUCCCAGAUAUCAAGCUCAUGGCGUUGGUUGCUAGCACUUUGUUAGAUCUGGUGAAGAACCUCCGAGCGUUUGCUGGGGUCCUGGUGGUGGUGUACUAUGUGUUUGCAGUGUUUGGGAUCUGGCUAUUUGAGGGCGCCAUUAAACCUCCUCUAGGAAUGAGUGCCCCCCUCAUGGACAACAGCACGUCUAACUCCAGCACGGCCUGUGGAACCUAUGAACAGCUCGGAUACUGGCCCAACAACUUUGAUGAUUUCGCUGCAGCCAUCAUUCUGCUCUACGACGUCAUGAUAGUCAACAACUGGCAGGCCUUUAUGGAGGCGUACAGCAGAUACACCUCAGAGUGGUCCAAGAUCUACUUCGUCUGCUGGUGGCUCACCUCCUCAGUGAUGUGGGUCAACCUGUUUGUUGCUCUCAUCUUGGAGAACUUCAUUUACAAGUGGGACCGCAGCCACAGCUGCUCUGUUACCGACGUGGAGAAGAUCCGAUACGAAACUUCAGUGCAGUUCAUGUUCAGGGAGCAGAUCCCAGAACCCACUGAAGAGGAGCUGGUGUGUCAGCUCCACCGGCACCCCCACCUCCACCUGGACUGCUGACAGCACCACCGUCUGCAGGAGGAGCACGACACAGUUCUCUGUUUCACUCUUCGUUCAAACUUAGGUUUUUACUUCUAAACUCUGUUUAAACGGUUUUAAUUGAGUCUAAACGUCCCCAGAACCAGAAACGUCCUGAGGGGUCUGAUCGGGUCCAGUUAUGUCAGAACCAAGUCACGCUGAGGACAGUUUCCUUCAAAUGGGACAUUGGACGCGGCUGUUUAGCUCCUGGUGAGCUAGCCCAGCCGUUAUGGAGCUGCCAUCAUGUUUUCUCACCAGUCUGGAUGUUUUUGAUCAGCCAUCUCUGACGUGUUUGAGCGGUUCUGGUUCCAGUUCACACAGAAUGACUCCUGCAACAGAUCACUCUGACACAGAAACCAAUACAGGCCUUCCAACUUUAAAAAGCGACUCGCCCUGAAAUGGACGCCAUAAUAGCUCAGAGUGAAUUUAAGAACAGAAGCGGAAGACUUUGUUUUGUUUGUCUAUUUUUAAAAAUAUUUGUUGGGAUGAUGAGUUUUUAGCCAGUAUGGGAAUUUUAUCCACUGAGGAGGACAAAUCCUAAAACAUACAGGAAACACGUUGCUUAGCAGAAUAAAGAGACACACACUGAGUGAGGGGCCCUCUCUGCCCACAGGGGCCCUGCCUGAUGAUAAUUGGCCCCCAUUCUCUGGGCCCCCUGACCAACACUAGCACCAGGACUUAAAGGGAAACUCACUGUAUUGUUUAAAUCUCACAGGGAGGGGGUCUAUGUGGAGCAGGGUGCAUUGGGGCCUGAUUGGGGGCCACAGUAGGACUACAGUAUAUAUGAAACAACUUUAGCUGAAAGCUUCAAGUCUGAUUUCUGCAAAAAAACAUUUUAUUUAACUUGAACAAAGGUGAAAAGGGAAAAUUGUUGGAGCUCCUUCCUUCUGCUGUUAUUUAUGGGAAUCCUGAUUGGACUCAUUUUAUUAUGGAGAUCAGAUUAUUUUAUGAUGAUGACGUGAUUCCUGAAAAAAUAAACACCUUUAACCAAA